AUGAACCAUUCUAGAAAGAACACAGACAGCAUAUCUGCUGCUCAGAGACACCUCCAAGCCGCUUCAAAUAUACUUCUGUCGACAUCACCGCAUAUCUCAGCCUUCCUGGCUUCGCAAGCCCAACCGUCAAGUGAAUCAUCGUCGCAUACUAUACCCGACAACUGUAGAGCUUGUGGAAAUGCUCUAGUACCCGGCUGGUCAUGUACAACAUCCAACAGACGACUCCCCGAACGACCCUCGAAAAAGUCAAAGACCAAGUCAAAAGUCGCAAAGAAGCCUGCUGUGCCUUCGACCACAUAUAUCGACUAUGAAUGUUCUCUCUGUCAUGGAAAGAAUACUUUCAAGUCGGACACACAACCUCCAGCAAGACGAUCGAAGACCUCAAAAUCAGCCAUCCAAAGCAAGCAGAGUGUAGCGGUCGCAGUGCCCACCAUGGCACCAGUAGCAAGACCUUCCACCACUAACACAAAAGGAACGACAGCUACUCCAAGUCCUGCUCCUUCUACUGCAGCAUCGUCGUCCUCGGAACAGACUCGUGCUGGAGCAGAUAAGAAACGCGGUCGCAAGCAAAAGUUGGGUGGUCUGCAGGCUAUGCUGGCAAAGUCCAAAACCUCGAUUUCUGCACCUGCAGCUUUCGACUUUAUGGACUUUAUGAAGACGACUUGA